GCCGCGAGCUGCGGCUAGCCAGCACCCGGGCCGGCCGAGCCUUGUCCGGAGUCCGGAGCCCCGCGCGGGGCAGCUCCCGGGGAGGAGCCUUGCGGGCUGGGACGCGUGCAGCGCACUGGUACUGCCGGGGCACGAACCGGGCUGCAAGAAAACUCACUGCGUGCCCUGCUUGCUUGGUCAACAAUGAGUGCCAAGUCUGCCAUCAGCAAGGAAAUUUUUGCACCUCUUGAUGAAAGGAUGCUGGGAGCCGUCCAAGUCAAGAGGAGGACAAAGAAAAAGAUUCCUUUCUUGGCAACUGGAGGUCAAGGCGAAUAUUUAACUUACAUCUGCCUGUCAGUGACAAACAAGAAACCCACACAGGCAUCCAUUACGAAGGUCAAACAGUUUGAAGGCUCCACGUCAUUCGUGCGGAGAUCACAGUGGAUGCUUGAGCAGCUUCGCCAGGUUAAUGGCAUCGAUCCUAAUCGGGAUUCUGCAGAGUUUGAUUUGUUGUUUGAAAAUGCUUUUGACCAGUGGGUAGCCAGCACGGCCUCAGAAAAAUGCACCUUCUUCCAGAUCCUCCACCACACCUGCCAGCGCUACCUCACAGACAGGAAGCCAGAGUUUAUUAACUGCCAGUCCAAAAUCAUGGGAGGAAACAGCAUCCUCCAUUCAGCGGCCGACAGCGUGACCAGUGCAGUGCAGAAAGCAAGCCAGGCCUUGAACGAGCGCGGGGAGCGCUUAGGCCGCGCAGAGGAGAAGACGGAAGACAUGAAGAACAGCGCCCAGCAGUUUGCAGAAACUGCACACAAGCUUGCCAUGAAGCACAAAUGUUGAGAAACUGCCUCUCCUGGUGACCUCUUAAGAUAAAAUGAAGUUUGUUCAGCAGUUUUUACAAGAAUUCUGGACCUCCGCUUGCUUUUUUUCCGCAAAAUGUGGACAUUUAGGUUAUUUUUCCUUUUCAGAUGUUGAUGUUGUGUUUAUACAUUUCCCUAAUAAUCUUGCUAAGAAA